AUGCCUCCACGGACCAAGCUCUGCAAGAACCGCGCCCCUGGCACUGGCGAGUGCGUGGAGAAAAACAAGAUCUCCGGAUGGGAGAGGUCCAAGAUCUUCCUGCAGGACAAGCGUCUGCUCAAGAAGCUAGGGCUGUUCAAGAAGGAGGCGAUGAGGAUGCCAGGGGAUGAGAGUUCCCCUCAUCCUCCUUCAGGUUUCCGGGGCUGGCGCAAGAAAUGGCUGUAUGUCAAGGAUGAAUCUUCGGCUAACCAAGAAUACGACCUUGCUCCCUUUGAUUCUUCAGAAGAUAUCCAGAGGCACAAAUCUUGGGACAGAGAGGCUACAGCCGAAGAAAAGGCAGCCACUGACGUGUUGAUUGCUCGCAUCCAAGAGCUCCAAAAUACCGAAGGGGAAGAACUGUCGGGUGUUCAAAUAAUUGCACACUUUCUGCGGAUUCGGGUGCAACCUCUUCAGGCUCGCAAGAAUCCCCUUUGGAUGUAUUCGGGUGCUGAAGAUGCUGACAGAGUUUCCGACGAUCUUCCCUUGGAAGAUUUGGAGAAGCUUGUCCAUCGCUUCACUUCUUUGAGCAAAAAUAAUGAAGUCCCUUCUUCCUGCCGCGUGUGGAACCAUUCAGUGACCCACCAUACUCUUUCUUCCCUUCCUCCACUACCUGAAGGUGUAUCUAAGCGAGUCGUCCUUACUGAUGACUCGCAAGAAACUUCUGCCCCUGAGAGUGAACCCGUAGAAUCAGAGAAAAGUAUGGGUUCCUCUGACAAAGACUCGGAGUCAGUGCAACCUUCUGACUCCGCUCACUCAACCUGUCCUCCUCCUGCUGCUUCUCUGGAUAAGCGCAAGAGGAAGAGAAACGUUGACGAAGAACAUUCUGGCGCGUCCAAGCUUUCUGUACCAGCUGCUGAAGAAUCGUCUCCCGAAGAACAAGAAAUCUUCGACCCCUACACUACUACUGGCGCCCCCUUGAUGAAGGAGAUGGUUGACUUAGGCUCCCGUUUUAUCGGGUUCCGCGACGAGGCCAAAUCUUUGAGAGAGGCGUUGCGUCAUGCCAAAGAACGCGCCGACGAUUUGGAGGAGAAGCUCAAAGCUAGCGAGGAAGCUCGCGAAAAGGCUGAAAAGGAUGCUGCUGGUGUCGAAGAUCUUCGCCGAAGACUUCAAGCCGCUGAAGAUGCCUUGAGCGAUAGAGAGGCUAAGCUCGUCCAACGCGAUAAUGACAUAAUUUCGCGCCUCGAGACGCAAUCCAGAAGAUUUUUGAGGAAGAUGGGUGAGCACUACACCAGGAACCAGGAAUUGGAUGAAGAUCGUGUCCUGGACACUCUCACCAUUCUUGAGUUGAAUUACAAUCUGGAGCGCGGGAGCCUGUUGUCUGCGCGGAAUGCAUUUAGGCACAUCUUCCCCCACUUCUUCUCGAAGACCAUGCAAUUCAAGAUAUUCGCCCAACUCGUCCAGCUCUUCCUUGCAAAGGAUGAUCCAGCUUUGGCACAUCGCCAAGCAAGCUUGAAGAUUGGAGUUGAAAGGACCAUCUCUCUCGUGGCGGCCAGUGGUCAAAAGGUCGACUGGGCGAAGGCUGCUACUGUCAAGGGUUUGAACAACGAGAGGUGGAAGGCUCUGGUGAAGGAUGCCAAGCUCUACUCAAAGAAACUUAUCGCCUUCCUUGACCCGAGGUCUUCAGCCUCCGCCAGCACUGCCCAAAUGGAGUUAAUUUUUUACAACUAUACCGGGGCUGGAUACUCCGACACCUCCCCUGCUGCCUCACACUCCACGAAGGUGCCUGGAAGUGCUUCCUUGGAUAGUUCGUCGUGUACUGGCUCGAUUGAAAAGGAGGUAGCUGAUUUGCGGCGGAAACUACAGUCGAUGAAAAAGCAAACCAUGACUGCUUUGGAGCAAUCACGUAAAUCCUCGGAUCGGGAACAAACGGCUCUUCGUCAGGCGCAAGAAUCUCUUGAACUGAAAGAAACUACGAUUACAAACGCCGCUCGAUCUGCUCGGCGCGAGAGUUAUAUGCUCGACCUCAUGACUGAUGCAAGUCAAGAUAUGGCUGGUGCAUUUCUGUAUACUGCCGCUGAUGAACAAAGUUUGGAUCUUUACAAGGUCUUCGAGAGCUUCCUUCUCAAUAUGUCGAAGAGGAGAGUGAACAUUGAUAAGCACAAUGCGGCCGUGUCUCCUUUUGUCGAGAUAAUGAUUGACGAGCUCCUCAAGGUGGACACCACUUUCUUCAAGGAAUACCGAUAUGAUGAUUCAACGUAG